UUUGCUGUUUCACGACGGGACCCGAGUGCCUCCGAAUGCUUCCGAGUGCUUCCGAGGGGCCGACGCUCGACCGACACAUUUUUGAACCUCUUCCAAGUGUGGACCCCGAGUCACCGAGUGCAGCAGCGAUAGCAAAGCAGCAAGCAGCCAAGCAUCUCUCGAGGAGGUAGGGAGGGAGGACGAGAAGAGAGAGAGCGGACGAGAAGAGAGAGUGAGCGAGGCGGGACCCCACGCAGGAAACAUUCACGCACCACCGAGUGACGAUCGGACGGACACUUGUUCCGACCUCGCCGAGGAGGAUCAUCGGAAGCAGCCAAGCAGCCUCAACACUAAAGCAGUCUGCACUUUGGGGCGGCGCUACAACGUGAUUCCUUUUGAGUCAAACGUGCCUGCAAAGGCAGCCUUGACAGUGCAAAGCCUAAUAAAGAGACAGCAGGAGCUGCGAAAGAGCCACGAUGACGACAACCCGUGUGGUUAUGCUCAUCUUUCUGCUUGCCGCAGCUUUGUCAGUGUCUGGCAAAGUCACUGAGGAAUCUAUGACGCUGUUCCUGGGGGAGGACUUCCACAUCCUGCUGCACGCACCGGGGCUGGAUGUGACCUUUCGCUCGACCUCGCGCUCACCCGAAGUGGUCCUGAUGCGUGGUGGCCUGGCGGUGGGCAAUCGGGCCAAGAUAAACCUCCACCUCAGCCACCUGGUGGUCGAUUCGCUGGUUGAGGGAGACGAGGGCGUCUACACGGUGAAGAACCUCGAAGACCCCGAGGACGUCCGACGCCUCAGGCUCUUUGUUCGGGAUUGCUACAACGAGGAGAUGUUGAAAUAUGGCGAAAACUACCGGAUUCCGCUGCUGGAGGUGACACCGCCCAUCACUCUGGAGCACAGGACCAGCGCGGUGGAGGCCAACCUGACUUCCAGACCGGCCCAGGUGCUGCUGACCAAUACAGGAAAGACCCGGGAAGGCUACCAAGGUCGCAUCGAGGUCAGCGACCACAGCGUGCUACUGAGGUCGGUGACGGGGGCCGAUGACGGCAGCUACACAGUAAGGGACGCUCGGGGCAGCGUUCGGGUCAAAAUCUGUCUCCAAGUCAUUGAGCACCAGCACUUUGUCAACCUGCAUCACGGCGAACGACUGAAGAUCAACCUGAUGCUCAACAGCUCUGCCGUGCAACUCUACUACAGUGCCGACACGGACCACCAAAUGCGCCUUCUCAUGGACCGAGGAGACUUCACUAAUGCCCAAUCCAAGCUGGGCUUUGAGGGUCGCCUCUCCCUGGAGAACUCUGUGGUCUUUCUGGAUAAAGUCAAGCGCUCCGAUGAAGGCCUCUUCAAAGUCACCGACGCGCUGGGGUACCCUGUGUCCAGCGUCCACAUGGAGCUCAAACCCUACAAGCUGGAGUCCAUCUACGUGGCCAUCAUCGCCUUGCUGAGCCUUCUGGUCUUCCUCCUUCUGGCCUGCCUGCUAUCUUGCCUGAUCAAAGUCCAGAAGAGGUCCAAGAGGUCUGCCGCCUUGGAGAAGAUCGCCCAGAACGCUGGCAAGGAGGACGAGGGCGAGGCCUUCAGACAGGUGGUUAAGAACAUCACUAAGCUGAGCGAGGAGUCAAAACAUUCACAGGCCGACAACACGGAGAAAUCUCAGAGCACCGAGGUGGACAUUAAAGGCUUGGAGGUUUCUUCUAAGGAGGUCGGCAUCGGCAACCUGGACACCAGCGACUCGGGUGUCGGCUUCAACACCGCCCUGCCGCUGGACACUGACACGGAGGCCCCUGAGCAAGUCCCCGACUCAGAUGCCGUGAGCAUCUCUGUCGCCCCGGAUACCAAAUCAAGCGCUCCGCCGCCGCCAGUCACGGAGGUAAGGUCCGGUCCGGUGGCCGAAACCGAGCCGAGUGCCCCGGCAGUCGCAGAAGCGAAACCCGAAGGCGUCGAGGCCCCCCUCGAUUGCCCUCAUGUGCCCAAAGCGGUCGACGUCAAGCCCGGCCCGGCUUUGAGCCCGGGACCCGAGAGCCCAAAGCCCGUCGCCGCUACCCCGGAGCCUGAGUCAGCUACCUCGAAAGCCCCGAGUCCGACUCUGGAACCUUCAAAGGUGCUUUCAUCUGCCGCCCGCACGGCCUACGAGCCUCCCUCCUCCGACGACCACAUUCCCUUCCUGACAGAGCCUCUUCCCAAUGGCACCCCUGAGCCGGGGCCCAGGGCAAGCUAAUUUUCUCGGUGGUUCCUCUCGGUAAGCGGUUCCCUCGACAGCCCCCAAACUUGAAGAUUCCACCACCGGAGGACUGACUGCUCACAUGGGAAAGCCCUACCCUGCCCCGUUCUGCCCCAACCGGCGCCACGCCCCCACCAUCGCUUUUGACAAUCAAAGCCCCUCCUCAUGGCCGAACAUCGCAGAUGAAAUCCGUAUUUCAUUU